AUGCAGAGUUUCAGGGAUGCUUUGGACUACUGUAGACUGAAAGACCUGGGUUUUAAUGGCUACCCUUUCACUUGGUGUAAUCGUAGACCGGGUGAUCAAAAUACCUGGAUUCGGUUAGAUAGGGGUGUAGCAACCAUUGAUUGGAUUUUGAAAUUCCCCACCUCCCGCAUUCAUCAUCUAGAUGCUUUCCAUUCUGACCAUAAGCCGCUGUUGCUUUGUUCGGAUUCUGAAUUCAGGCGAUUUUAUAGAAAGGGUAAACCAUUUCGAUUUGAAGCUAUGUGGUUAAAAGAUUUAUCUUGUGAAACUGUGAUUAAGGAUUCUUGGGGUGAGCAAGCUGUGUCAGAGUCAGUUUGGGGUUUUCAACAGAAGAUUGUGGCUUGUCAACUCAAUUUGAAGAUGUGGGAUAAAAGAAGCUUUGGGCAUGUCCGUAAUUCCUUGAAAAAGAAGCUUAAUGAGUUGCAAGAAGCUGAAGAAGGUGGCUGUUAUCGAACUAACCCGAGGAGAAUUUACAUACUGAGGGAAGAAAUUCAAAAGUUGAAAAAUAGGGAAGAAUGCAUGUGGAAGCAACGAUCCCGGAAUGCUUGGCUUAAGGAAGGAGAUAGCAACUCACGGUUUUUCCACUGUAGGGCAAACCAAAGAAACCGACGGAACUUCAUUGCCGGUUUGGAGGAUAGUGAUGGGGUGUGGAGAGAAGAUGAAGGCCGAAUGGGUGGUAUUUUUGAGCAAUAUUUCAGGGACAUUUACACCACAUCAAAUCCUUCAGGCUUUGAAGAUAUUAGUAUAUUUCAAUUACCAUAG